CAUUCAACUGUUUCGAAAAUGGAAAUCUACUCGAUCUUCUUUGGCGUCUUUUUGGGUUUGUUUUUGCCUACUGCAGGAAAAGCAUUGCAACAGACUUGGAGCAUAUGGCAACGCACGCGGACCUUACACAACGCCUACCUCUACAUGAUAUGGAUAGACACGAUAGUGAAUCUUAUAUUUGCUGUCAUGACGUAUCUGUACCUAUGUGGAAUUAUCCCGCCAAGUUUUUGCUUCUAUCUCGGUACUGUAAUAUUAUGGGCGUUACAAACACAACUUCUUCCGCUGAUCAUUGCCAAUCGUGUCAGUCUGAUUAUGGUCGACAAAAAGAAAGCCCGGUUGCUCAAAUGGGUUCUCUUUAUAAUCAUUGGCAUUGUUAACAUCUCUGUUGGUUGCAUUUGGAUUCCUGCGCACAUGAAAGUAGGCCCAACUUUCAUUGCCGUAAAUCUCGUCUGGGAACGGGUCGAGAAGUCUUUCUUCCUUAUCGUUGAUUUGGCACUCAACAUAUAUUUCCUGUACCUGGUACGAUACCGACUUAUCGCCAACGGAUUAACGAAGUAUAUGCGACUUUUCCGGUUUAAUACAGCAAUUGUGCUCGUUUCCACGUCCAUGGAUGUAUUGCUUUUGGGACUAUUGAGCUUGCCAGACGGCUACAGUUAUGUGCAAUUUGCCCCUGUUGCUUACAUCGUCAAACUUAACAUCGAACUUUCGAUGGCGGUUCUGAUUUCGAAAGUUGUGCGCAGUAGUUCUGACAAACGUGACGGACGGUAUGCUGAAGGAAACCAUACACUGAACAGCACCCAUAUCACGAACCGCUCCACUGUUGGAUCUCGAAUACCGCAACAAAAUAGCACCUACUCUAGUACGAAAGUGAAUGCUCACGAUGAGACCGCAAGCACUAAUUGGCCCACAUCUCAUCAUAAGCAAGAUCAGCAUCAGGGCAUUGUGACAAUGGUGACAACUUCGGAGGUUCCCGAGGAUAACUGUAUGGACGAUAAUUCUGAAGAGGGUAUUCUUAGGACAGUGACGAUGGCGGUAAGAUCUGACUAUAGAGAAGAUAUUGAGGGUAGAGAGGACUAUAGUUGUAAAGUGUAGGAUAGUUAAUAGACUGGGG